UGUCAAAAAUUUUAAAUGGCGUAAAUUAAAAAAUGGCGGAUGCCUAUCAAUGAAUGAUGCGCUUAUAAAGAUUUUAGUGUGACUAAUUAUGGGACUGUCUCGUUAUCGUGGAUAAAAAGUGAAUAGUAUAUAUAAAAUUAUUAAUUAAUUAACAAUAAGAAACUUUAUUCCGUUUAUUGAAUUGUAGAUAAUGUUCCCUUAGCUCACAAUUGAAUAUUUAAGUUUAGAUUGGAAUUUUAUGCACGUGAACUGUUGUGUACUGUCAUGUUACAAUUACUGAGUAAUUUUGUUGUUAGCGGAAAUGUCUGUUCAUUAUAAAUUUAAGAGUGCAUUGGAUUAUGACACGGUCACAUUCGAUGGGCUUCACAUAUCUGUAGGCGAUUUGAAAGCUGCUAUAUCGCAACAAAAACGUAUAGGAAAAACUUCCGAUUUUGAUUUGCAGAUCACCAACGCCCAGACUAAAGAAGUUUACAUUGAUGACAACACUCUAAUCCCUAAGAACACAUCACUGUUAGUGGCAAGAGUGCCCCUUGCACAACAACCAAAAAAACAGUGGGAGAAUUCUAACAAUAACUUAUCAUCACUCCAUAAAGAUGUGGCACCUAACAAGGGAUUGGCAGAUCUAUCUCGCAUGGAAGGUAGCGAACAGGAUAAAAUAAAUGCUAUGAUAUCACAAUCCACCUUUGACUACGAUCCUAGCAAUUAUCAGAAAAUUAGAGGACAGAAUCAGAGAGGUGCUGUACCAGCUAAUUACAUUUGUUACAAGUGUCAAAAGCGUGGGCAUUGGAUCAAAGAUUGUCCUGCGGCAAAUUCAGGUGACCCGGUGGAAAUAAGGCGUAGUACAGGCAUUCCCCGGAGUUUUAUGGUUCCUGUUGAAGGCCCCAAGGCACCUGGCGCCAUGAUGACCCCAAGCGGAACCUUUGCUGUUCCUGCAGUUGAUCAUGAGGCUUACAUGGCGUCAGAAAAUUCAGGCGGUGGCGAUGCUCCACCGUCGAACGCGCCCAUUGCGAGCGAGCCGAACAUACCUGAUGAACUCAUCUGCAGCCUGUGUCGAGACCUUCUCACCGAUGCUGUCAUGAUACCGUGCUGCGGAAAUUCCUUCUGUGAUGAAUGUAUCCGAGGCGCUUUGCUGGAGUCUGAGGACCACGAGUGUCCAGAUUGUCGCGAAAAAGAAAUAUCUCCGACAACAUUGAUACCCAACCGGUUCCUGAGAAACUCGGUUUUAUCAUUCCGCAACCAGACGGGGUACAGUCGGCGCACACCGCACCGACCCGCUGCCGCCCCGCCGCAGUCUCGUCCCCCACCUAUGGAUGUACCACCUCCAGCUGUGUCGCAACCCCCGCUGAAUGGGCCCGUGCAGCCUGCGGCUCCGAGUAGCACAGGGCCGCCUCAGUCUCAUAAGCCUGAUCUAGAACCUCCCUCCAAUAUACCAAUGAAUAUGCCUAGGAUUGAUGAGCAAAGAGCGAGCACACCUACUAUUGAUGAGAGGAGGGAUCCAAUGUCUUCGCAGGUGAUGUAUAAUCGUGGAGCUCCGCCGUACGUUCCGGGCCUGCCGCCGCCGCCCUCACAUUAUAAUGAGCCUCCAUAUUCAAGAUCUUUACGGCCGGGGCCGUUCAACGACCGCUACCCGCCCGACCCGUACCAACCACCGCCGCCUGGCAUCAAAGAUUCGCCGUCUAACGGGGCCACCGAGGACCCGCUGGAGGCGUUCAACCGCAUGAUCCGCGAGAAGGAGAUGCGAGCGAAGCGUCGCGAGGAGCGGCGGCGCGCGCACUCCGGGUCCCGUUCGCGGUCGCGCACGCCGCGUUCGGUGCGCUCGGCGCGCUCGGGCCGCUCGCCGCGCGGUCCGCGCUCCCCGCGCUCCCCGCGCUCCCCGCGCUCCCCGCGCUCUCCGCGCUCGCCGCGCUCGCCGCGCUCGCCGCGCUCGCCUCGCUCGCCGCGUGCGCGCCCCAGGAGUCGCGCCUCCAGUCGACUCCGGUAUUCUAGAUCUCGCUCUAUGUCGCGGGGCCGCAUUCGUCGCUCGCCCUGGUCGCCGCGCAGGCGUCGCUCCCGAGACAGGUCAUUAUCGCUUUCUCGUUCCCCGUCGCCACGGCGGCGUGUGAUGCGGUACCGAUCACCGGGCCCGCGUUCGCCGCUGCGCUCCCCGUUACGUUCGCCGCUACGUUCGCCGCCGCGUUCGCCAGUGCGUUCGCCGUUGCGUUCUCCGCGACGGUCGGUUUUGCGUUCACCGCCGCCUAGACCGCUUUCCCCGCAUCGAUACGCCGGAGUUUAUGAUGAACUGUUGUCGCCACCGAGACGUAGUGUUGAGCCGCCGUAUGGAGCCAGAUAUGGUCCUAGAAGCAGUGUUCCUCCACCUGUUUACCCGCCAUUGGGAGUAAAACCUCCUGCGAGUAUGGGAAAUGUCCCCAUGCACCCUGAUCCGCCACCGGGUUAUCGAGGCCGCUAUGACGCAGCUCCAUUUGAAGAAAUUCCACCAGGUUUAGAACCACCUGUGCCAGGAUUUGAACCAUCUCCAUUUGAGAAACCAUCAUUCGGCCCACCAGGCCCAAUUGAACGUGAAAGAAUUCCGCCUCCUAAUUUUAGGGACCCCUACAGACCACCCACAUACGAAGGGCCACCUGGGUACAGGGACAUGUCAAUGCCUCCUGUGUCUAGUGAGAUACCAGUACAUGUCGGAGAACAACCGCCACGUUAUCGCGAUAAUUUUAGACCCGGGCCUACUUAUCGUGAUCAAAGUUCAGUUCCAUUCCGGGAUGGACAACCGUAUAGAGAUUCUGGGUCCCAAGGAGCUUACCGUGAUCCCAAUUUCCGACCUCCUCAAUUUCGGGAUAGCAAUUACAGAAAUGCUCCUCCAUACAGGGAAGGUAGCUUUAGAGAUAAUGUGUCGCAUACUAAUUUCCGUGAAGGAGGAGUUCCUUAUAGACCACCUAGUGCCGAUCCUCGGGAACCAAUACCUCUCAAUUACCACGAUGCCAAUUACCGUGAGAACUUUAGAGAAGAUAACAAUGCUCCCCGGGAAUACAACAGAUCAGCAGGAUACAGACCUAAUGUCCGCAGUAGAGUCGGGCCAAGACGUAAUCCUAAUGCUGAAGGUGACAGACACAGGGAAAGGGAGGGCCGCGAUAGAGAUCGUUACAAUGAAAACCGUGACAACCCUGACAGGCCGGAUAGAAAUCGGGAUGUAGAUAGGAGACCUGUGUAUGAUAAAGCUCGUGAUACACGGGAAGACCGGCCUCGUGAAUUUGAAAGGGGUCGAGAAUAUGAAAAAGAACGGGAACAUGGCACACCAGACAAGAAAACUCGUUUAUCGCCUAAACGAAGUAGAGAAACGCGUGAUAAAAAACGUAGUGAAUCAAGAGGACGUUCGAGAGAUCGUGAACGUGACAAUAGAAGAGAUAAAAAGGAUGAUAGAGUUCAUGAAAAAUCCUCUAAUGACAGAAGUAGAGACCACAAGGAAAAAGAAAAGAAACUUAAGGAAAGAAAAAAGAAAAAGAGGGAAAAGGAAAAAGACACAGAAAAGAAGAAAAAACGAGAUAAAAAGGAAAAAAAAGACAAGGAAACUGUCAAAAAAGAAGAUUUAGGAGUAACCAAAGACGACACCAAGGAGAUGGAAAAACAGGAGAAGCCACCUGAAGUCGAUAAAACAGUAAAAACUGAAAAAAGUGAUAUUGAUAUUGAAAAAGUUAAGUGUGAGACGUCGUCUAAGGCGGAGGGUAAUAUAAAGUCUAAAGAUGAUUUAUAUGGCGAUGAGGCUGCCGACGCUGUUGAUAAUGAAAUAAUACAAAAUUAUGUCAAAACUGAAAAUAAUGUUGUUAAUAAUGAAGUAAAAAACCUCGAAGCUGCUAAUAAGGAUGAACCGUUUGAUGGAAUAGAACUUCAAGCUAACGCAGAUGAACUAGAUUUGAAAGUUGAGAUGGAAACCAAUAGUCAGCCAAAUAGUAAUAUGUUAGCACCUAUGCCUGAAUUAUCUAAAUGGGAAGUAGACGAAGAAAAUGUAGAAAAAGCAAAGGAACCCGGAGAAAUAACUUCACCUGAAGAGGAAGAAGAUGGAACUAAGGUUACAUCGGAUGUUAUAAAGCGUGCCGAAAAUGCUAUAUUUGCUAAGGCCAUACAUUCUCUAAGACCUAUAGAAAUCAAGAAGAUUAGUAGUGAUCGUCUAAAAUUAUAUGGUGAUGAUCAACCUAAAGUACCUAUGAACAAUAUUCAAAUAACAGUCCCAGUAGCCGAUGCGGAACAGAGAUCAAUAGAAAUUAAUGAUAAAAAGAAAAGACAUUCAAAAACUCCUCCCCCGAGACUGUCUGUCAAAGAACGCCUCGGUGGAAAAAUUGACGAUGUUCGUAGAGGGCGCGAACCGCGAGUUGUGCAUAGUACGGUAGAACGCGUAAAAUCACGGUCUAAAACUCCAAAGAAAGAGCAGCCGUACCGAAGAGUAACAGUGGAGAAGGAAAGAAAUAAAAAAGACACAGCUGGGAGAUCAGAUUCAUCAAAAAGUGAAAGACGUGUUUUUUCUGAAGGCAUAAAAAGCGACAAACAGCGCGGUGGAAGCCCACGUGGUUUUAAAAAAUGUUUUGACAAAAAUCCUAGAGAUGACAAAAGGAAUAAUUCACGUGAUCGUGAUCAGGAAAAGAAUACGACGGACAACAAAGCUAUGCCUACUGAUCGUGAAAGAAAGAAAUCAAUUUUAGAUGAAGCGCAUUUUGAACCAGAUUAUGAUGAAAAUGUAGAAUCUGAUGGUGAGACCAAAGAAGAUAUUGGGAAAAAGCGCGAACGUUCUGGAUCGCUUAGUGGUCGCGAUCACGUUGAUGUCAAGAAACUUAAAAUUGAUAAUGAUUCUAUUAAAUUAGAUCUUACGAACGUUAAAAAGAAACCUGAAACUGAAAGUGAAACAUCAACCGACUCGGACUUUUCGUCUUCAUCAUCGUCAUCGGACGCUCGUAAGCGCAAGAAGAAAAAGAAACGCGCAAAGAAAAAGAAGAAACGUGCUGCAAGUGAUAGCGACAGUGAGUCUGAAUCUAGUACAGACGAGCACAAGAAAAAGAAGAAGAAGCGCAAGCACAAGAAGAAAGCUAGUAAGAAAAAGAAGAAGUCAAAACACAAGUAAUCAUUUCCUUUUCAAAUACAAUACAUACUACGCGUUCUUUUUUUAUUUUUAAAUUAAUAGGUAAUAGUCGAAUCUGAUUUUACUUACUGUACGACUAUCUAAUUAGGCUUUUAGAUUAAGUGGGUCAAUAGUGUUAUAAUUGUAACGUGCGUUUUGCAUAUUAAUAUUAUAUAGCUAUAUCGUCGUGUUAAAAGUAAAUAAUAAAGUCAGAUAGUUAUUGA